UAAUACAGACAUUAUUUUUAGUAUAAUUCGCGAUACAACAAUAAAGAUGUCUUUUUGUCGCGAUGAUGUUUACUAUAUCGUUCAAACGGAGCAAGGAAAAUUACGGGGUAAAGAAAGCAUUUCGGGAUUCGAUGGAAAAAAAUACUGUUCGUUUUUAGGUAUUCCUUACGCCAAACCACCCCUCGGAGAGUUACGUUUCCAACCUCCUGAAGACCCGCUGGCUUGGGAAAAUACAUACGAUGCCACUCAAGAGGGGAAAUUCUGCUACCAGUCACCCCUUCUGCACCUUUUCUCGUUACAUACAGGCGAUGAAGACUGCCUUUAUUUGAACAUUUACACUCCGAAGCCACCUCAAGAAAUCAGCACCGCUUUACCAGUCAUGUUUUUCAUUCAUGGAGGAGCUUUCAUAGCCGGUUGCGGAAUAAAACGAGUGUUUUCGCCCGAUUACCUGAUGAAUAAAAAUAUCAUAUUGGUCACGAUCAAUUAUAGAUUGCAUGUUUUGGGUUUCUUGAAUUUGGGAAUCGAACAAUGUCCCGGAAACGUUGGUAUGAAAGAUCAAACAUUCGCUUUACAAUGGGUACAAAAGAACAUCAAGAAUUUCGGAGGUGAUCCGAAUAACGUAACUAUAUUUGGACAAAGUGCUGGAUCAACGAGUGUCCAAUAUCAUAUGAUUUCACCUUUAUCUCAAGGUUUAUUUCAUAAAGCAAUCAUGCAAAGUGGUUCGGUGCUGUCUCCUUGGGCCUUUACAAAGAACCCGACUGAACAGGCGUUCGCCAUUGGUCGAGAAUUAUUAUACGAAGGCGAUGAUCGUCACGAAUUGCUCGAUCUUUUGAAACGUACUCCGAUUCGAGAACUUGUACGAGCUUUCGAAAAGAUGUUGAAAAAAGAUGAGCCAGAUUCGCAAUUCCGAUUUCCAAAUCUAUCUCCAUCUGUCGAAGUGAUCGCUGAAGGAGCUUUUCUGCCAGAUAUGCCGGAAAAAUUGCUCAAAUUAAUGAAACCUAUUCCAGUAAUUUAUGGACAAACUGAUAGAGAAGGAAUGAUGAUACAUUUUGGUUAUCAAGGAAACAUAGUGAAAAAAUUAGGUGACAGUUUCCCAACGCUGUUAAAGGAGUAUUUCAACAUCGAUACUGAUCUGAAUCCGAAGACGGGAUACUUAGUGAAUAAAAUGUAUUUCCGAAACGAAGCUAUAACGGAGCAACAUUCAAACGAAAUAUCAGAUCUUUUCACCGAUUUAUAUUUCUAUCGUUUUUACGAAGCGAUUGAUCUACUAAUGAAAUCGCAAAUGCCACCUUAUGUGUACCUGUUCUCUUACGAAGGAUCUCUCAACUUCAGCACUCAACUACUUCGAAUUGUGAAACCAUUUGCACGUCUAGAUGAAAAAGGAGCCUGCCAUGCAGACGAUUUGAGCUAUUUAUUUUAUUACAAAAAAGCAUUACUUUUUCGACGAAAAUUGAAAGGCGAUGAUCUGAAGGUGGUCAAUCACAUAACUACCAUGUGGACUAAUUUCGCAAAAUACGGAGAUCCAUCUACUGAAGAUAUAGAAUGGACUCCGAUGACUGCGAACCAAUUACAAUACUUGGAUAUUACCCCAGAACCCAAAAUGAGGAAAGGAAGAAUUCGCCAGUAUAUGUACGAUAUGUUGCAUCGAAUCAUAGAACCAGCUAGGGGUUCCAGUGAAUAAUUUUUUAUUCUUCAAUACCUACUUAUUGUAUAUGGAGGUGCAUAGUAAAAUUUUGGACUUUUUCGCGACGUUUUUAGCGAAUUUUUGAAGUCAUUUCUGGACAUUCUAUAAAUUUUUUCACCAUAUUUAUGAUUAAUUUUGAUUCAAUUUCGAUAAAUUUCUGUUAAAUGUAAGAACUUUUUUCAACCUGUUGAAUUUUUUACUUUUUUUUUGCAUCAUUCUGCAUGUAUUUUUUUUUUCAAUUUUACUGCAAUACCAUAUAAUUUUAGUAAGUGUAUAUGUAUACCUACUACCUAUUCCAUGUUUACUGUUUCAUCUUUUGCAGGGGUUUUGACUUUUAAACACAAUAUUCUUGAACUAUUUUACGUAAGUUCAGCCAUGUUUUACUGAUUUUAUACUUUCAAGGCUAGGAAGAAAUUCAACGAAUAAAUUUCAAAAAUUUUUAAGCGAA